AUGCCUACUCACCAGGGACCGAAUUCCGCCGGAUCUCCACAGGUUUGGGAAGGCAAGGUGGUGUGCAUCGCCAUGGGAGUUGCCGGCUUGAUCCACAACUACUCCUUUGAGCUCACCGAGGAGGGCACAUCUUUUGGAGGGAUGACCGGCAUGACGGCAGACAUUCCAAAGCUGGGCAAUGACAUGCGUUCCAUCUCCCACACUGUGACCCGUUUGAAGUUGGAUGGCUUGGUGGUUUGGGGAGCGGGCGCAGCGGGCUUCGAUCAGUGGGAUGUCGUGCGAGCUGUUCUGAAGGCAUACUUUCCCAUCCCUGACAUGACCUUCACUGCAGGGACGGCGAAAGGCCGCCAGUUUGUUUUCGAGAAGGGCCAGACCACGAUGACGACGCCGCUGGCGAUGGCUUCCUCCAGCAAGUUCCCUGUGGCCAUCGCCAUUGCUGGAGCGGUGAAAGAUGGAUAUCUCACCUUCGACACCAAAGCACAUGAAGCCACCCGGUCGGCAGAUCUCACUGCGGUUCUUUGCUUUGCCCGGUCGGCGAGCGGACGCAACGUCCGUUUCCGCGGUGUGGCCUUGGUGGAGCACCGACCCUUCGGAGCCUCGGAGCCGGGUGACGCUGCGACAUUUGUUGCGCCUUGGCACCGAUCGGAGCGGUCCUUUACCAGUGGCUUCUACUGGCCAGAUGCCAGUGGUUAUGUACCCUGCUUGGGCGCUGCCAAUGCCUCAAGCUACAGCGCAGAGGAAUGUGCGAAGGAUUCUUGUUCUCCACUGUCGGAGAUCUACCAGCAAGCACCUUUCGCAGCUUGGACUGAGCAAAAGAGCGACAGGGAGUUUGAGCCCGGAAGCACCUGGUCCUACAACUCCUUCCAUUUACAAGUGGCCGGUGCCAUGGCAGCCACUCGAGCCAAGCUGUCGACUCAGCAGAACUUGAAGAACACCUCGUGGAUGGGUGGCGAGAACCCUGGCCUCGCGGGCAAUAUGAUGACGACACCAGAGGACUAUGACAGCAUCCUGCGCGCCUACGUGGGGAACGAGCUUCUUCCACCAUGGGUCUCCUUUGAAAUGGAGCGAGACUACUUGGCACCAGACGUGCAGGUCUCGAACGCCAGCACCUUCUUAGUGACACUCCUUGGGCACUACUCCUUCUGCAACUAUUUCGAGUGCUUCCCCCCCAAAGAGCGCCAAGUUCACGCCGGAAUGCAAGAAGGCCAACAUCCACAUGGACGCUGGGCUUUUUGGGUACUAUCCCUUGGUGGAUCGGGCCAAGGGGAUGUACAUGCAGAUCGCCACUGCUCGGGUGCCUCACUCCCAAAAAGACUUCUAUGCUCCCACCAUCGUCGCCCGGCGAGGAGAUGGGAUGAAAAAGGAAAGACCUGGAUCUCAGAGGAGUACCGUGAGGCUGAGUACCCCCCCAAAUAUGGAAUAGCAAAUAGAGUCUACAUUUUUUGGUAUUGA